ACCACUUUUGGAGGCUGGGAGCAAACAUCAUCCACAGAUCGCCGCUGUCCACUUCAAGAGGAGUGAGGUCUCAACAGGCUUCCAAGGGAGACACCAUGAAGGCGACAUGCCUGUUCUUCCUGGCUUCUGUCUUGGUCUGCAGCUGGACGAUGGCGUGCGGAGCUCGCAGCAUCUCCGCCGAGGACGAGCCGGACCCGGGAACCGCGGACGACCUCCUCCUACAGAAAGCCGAGAGCCUCCUGCUGCGCUCCGUCCUGAGAAAGAUGCAAGCGGAAGACCGCAACGGUGGAGGACCCUCCUCUCAGACGGAGUGGAUGACGAAGCGGCAGCAUCCGGGCAAGAGGUACCGCGAGGAUUUGGACGAAGAGGCUGACGGUGAUGGAGAGGUCUUGCCGGCUGUUGAAAGGAGACAGCACCCGGGCAAACGCUCCACGGCGGGACACCUUUCGGACCUUCCCGUGAUCGUCGUGCAGGGCGAACUUUCCAAGCGGCAGCACCCGGGCAAGCGCUACUUGGUGCUGCGCAGCCGGCGGCAGCACCCCGGUAAACGGCAACCGGGGGAAGACGAGGAGGAGGAGGAGGAGGAGGAGAAUGAGGAUGAGGGGGAUGAUGAGGAGGAGGAGGACCAGCACCCCGGCAAACGCUUUUGGGAUCGUUCGGCUCGUCCACAACUGGCCACUAUGAGUCCAUGUGAAGACGUCUCGGACCCUGUGACGUGCGCCAAAAGCAAUCUGCUGCUCGACUUUUUAGACAACAUCGGCGUGAAGCACGCCGACGAGAAGCGACAGCACCCGGGCAAAAGGUUUGCGCCUCCUCGCUACGUUUUAGAGGAGUCAGAGUAGAUCCAUUAGAUCCCCUAUGCGCCCUUGUUAACGAAACAAUGUGUAC